AUGUCAGAUGAAUGGGUUGUACGUGAUUGAUUGUGUGUCAAAGUUUAAAGUCAAAAUACAAGGCCAGGACCUGACUAGAACAAAUUGAAAGGCUGAAAAAGAGUCUGCACUGCACUGGUAGUGUCCAAAUUAGCAAAAGACUCACCACUUCCUUCUAAAAUUUUGCUGUUCCUAAAUCAAGUAUUGCACUUUGAUCAAGCAACAUAUCUUGGGCUUGUAAUAACCGACAACUGUAAGCAUUUUAAUUUAUUUUAGCUGUGAGUGAUGCUGAAACAUUUUGCACCAUGAUGCUGUGCUCAUGAAAAUCUCCCAUCAAAGAUCCACCACAACUCUGGUGCAGUGGAAACGUUUUGUUUCAUUCUCAUGACAAACAAGCGGGGGGUCUCAAGGGAUUCUUAAGAGCUAAGAUCAGUAUGACUAAUACACAUGUUUUGAGUGAAUGUAUAGGUCACCUGGUCAAUGAUUACAGAAACAAAAGGAAAAAAAUCAUACAGUUUCACAUAAGAAAGCAGCCAAGGAGCAAAGAGAGAUUGAAAAGAGAGAAAGGAAUUGGCUGCAUAAUUAAGAGUGUGGGAGAGAAGAGAAGAAAAUCACAAAUCGACCUUGCAUCUAGUGAAACUUACAAGACAACCACUGAAGAGAUCACUCAAAAGAAUAACAUGAAACAGGUCAGGGAUGAGGCACACACUAAAGUCCAAGCAAGGAAAGAUAUAAUACCAGACAAAUAUCACGAAAGAAAGGAAAACCAGAACAAAGAUGAUGCCCUUUGA